AUGGAACUCCGACGGCGCUGUCGACGCAACGUCCGCGUAGCCGAGUUUGUAUUGGUAGAUGCAUGUAAUAAAACUAUUCGGACCGAUGGGAAUGGUGCGAUACCAUCGAAUACGAAGAAGUUAACCCUAUUCGCUGGUCUAGUCGAGGUUUUGUACGCACGCAACGCUUGGCUCGCAGUGCGUGUGGACAUCUGGACGAGCAGAAACAUCUGUUAUCGCCAAGUUAAAUUUUCAACUGUCUAUCUGCACAAAGGUUUCAAUGACAAUGACCAAGUGAACCAAGAUUUACUGGAGAUGAUACCGACCAAUGCAUGGAAAACAUUGCAACAAGUUGAAAAACUUGAAUUCACUAUGUCGGAUCGUGGAAAUUUACCGGCAUUGACUGCCGAUGAGUUGACAGAAGUUUUGACAGAUGUGGUCCAGAAAAUUGUGGAGACUUUUAAAGCAGUACAAGUGCAGAUUUUGCAAACAUCAACGUCGCAACGAGCAAAGUUUGAGUACGAACUGUUGCAACAUCUUCCAGAGUUGGAAGUUUUGGUGGUGAAGAGACAGAGAACUGGUGACUCUUACGUGCUGUUUGCACUUCCGUUGCUUGAUGAGAAUUUUCAAUGGGAUCCCAAAGCUCUGCUUGAGAAGGGGGAGCUGGAUUCGGUGUACAUUCCUGACGGCUUCAAUGCACCCAACUUUUCGGACACGACGGAUAGACCGAUGGUCUUCAUUGGAUACUCUAUGAUGGACGAGAAAAAGAGUAGUUUAGAUAAUACGUGGCCACUGGUUGUUGAAUGGCCCGUUGAAUUGCAGCUGUCAAGUCAGGUGACACAAACUCCUAUGUCAAGUGAGGCCAUAUCUUUCGUUGAGCUGAUCGCCUCAUGCAGGAAGAAGUUCAUAGAGCAAUGGAGGAGGCGUAAAAAUUUUAUUGCGGAACUACGCCGUCGUGUUAUAGUGUUAGAAUACGAUGCUUUGGACUUCUCGCAGGUGUUUUUCAUGCUGCAGGAGCAGUUAGAUGUGCAAGCGCCUUUGCGGAUUAUGGUUUUGCGGUUAGAGUUUACAACGGCGUAUUUCUUUACGAAUUGCAUGAGUGACUUACGAGUGAGCUUGCUCAGCGGUGACGAUGGGGUUUCUCCUGUUAUUGUAUCGCUAGAUGCCUCUAGCAUCUCGCACAAUUCCGAUGAUGGUGCUGACUCCCAAGCGUGCGUUAUUCAGUUCCUCGAAUUUACGCAAAAUGGUUUACUUCAGCACUUUUACGGACACUGA